AUCACAAUACUCCACUUUCUCUCUCUUUUCGGUUUCUCACCAUGUAAAACACAAACCAUAAAUAAAACCAGUCUAAAACGAAAGCAAACAGAAAAUUUGAAGAAAAGAAAACGUUACUACAAAUAUCGAAGAUCACACCUUCAUCGAACGUCUGAAGUAAAAUUGGCUCCAUCUGUGUAAAGUUCGAUGGGUAGGGUUUUCUUUCUUGAUUUAGAAGGAAGAGCUUACCGAUGCGUAUUCUGUCAAACCCCUCUUGCCCUUGCCGAUCAUGUUCUCUCUCGGUCAUUCAGCUGCAGUCGAGGGAGGGCAUACCUUUUCAGCAAAGUGGUGAAUGUUACGCUUGGGACUCAAGUAGAGAGAUUGAUGAUAUCUGGAAUGCAUACUGUUGAAGACAUAUUUUGUUGCUGCUGUGGACAAAUUGUUGGAUGGAAAUAUAUCAUAGCACAUGAGAAAAGUGAAGCAUAUAAAGAAGGGAAAUUUGUGCUCGAGAGAUGGAGGAUAGUUGAUGACGUUGAAGAGGAAUUAAAUUUGGAUGCUAAUGCUAGUUCAAGCGAAUCAGAUGAAAACCCUUAGCAAGUUGCUUCUUUCAUGAAUUCAAGUAUUGUAGCUAAGCUAGAAAAUUCAUCACAUCGGUAGUCAUUUAGUAUUCAUCAACAUAGAAUUUCACAAAGAAACUCUCUAGUUGGAGCAGUAUAAACCUUGCUUGAUUUCAGCAUUUAUAAAUCUUUUCAUAUGACAUUUUGAGAUAGUUAUCAUUUUUACUUGAACUCAAUAUAUGUAAUAUAUGUGGAUAGUUAGGUUAGUGUACGUUUGCAGAUACAAUUUACAGUAGUAGGAUUUGUUCUGUUA